AGCACACAGUUCCUUCCUGUGGGCUGGAGUCAGAACACUGUCGCUUUACGAAAUUUUCAGCAGUAGCGGAAAAGCUAUAAUGGGGACCCGAGAUGACGAGUAUGAUUAUUUGUUUAAAGUGGUGCUGAUUGGAGACUCUGGGGUGGGGAAGAGUAACCUGCUGUCCCGCUUCACACGGAAUGAGUUCAACCUGGAGAGCAAGAGUACCAUUGGUGUGGAGUUCGCCACACGCAGCAUCCAAGUGGAUGGUAAAACCAUAAAGGCACAGAUUUGGGACACUGCAGGCCAGGAGCGCUACAGAGCAAUUACAUCUGCGUACUACCGGGGUGCAGUAGGGGCUCUUCUGGUGUAUGACAUCGCCAAGCACCUGACCUAUGAAAAUGUGGAGCGCUGGUUGAAGGAGCUGCGAGACCACGCAGACAACAACAUUGUCAUCAUGCUGGUGGGCAACAAGAGUGACCUAAGACACCUGAGAGCAGUGCCCACAGACGAGGCCAGAGCCUUCGCAGAGAAGAACAAUCUGUCAUUCAUUGAGACAUCAGCUUUGGAUUCAACGAAUGUUGAAGAGGCUUUCAAAAACAUACUAACAGAAAUCUACCGCAUUGUAUCACAAAAGCAGAUUGCGGACCGGUCCGCGCAUGACGAGUCUCCCGGCAACAAUGUGGUGGACAUCACUGUGCCGCCGACUACUGAUGGGCUGAAAGGCACUAAAUUCCAGUGCUGUCAGAACCUGUGACCCCACCACUUGCCCCUUUCCAUGAUGCCUCGUUCUCUGUUCCUCUCACUCAUGGCUGCUUGGCGCCUGUACAUCGUGCAACCACUGCUGCUCUAGAUCCUGUCUUUUUUACCUCUGCGUGGUAUCCAUGUCCAUUCUAGAAUUCUCCCUCGUCAUGUGAAGUUCUUGAUAACAUUCCCCCCCACCUUUUCCUCCUUUUUAAUUCUGUUUCUUUCAGACUUUCUCCCCAUCUGUGUGUUUGUGUUUUGUUUUGUUUUGUUUUGUUUUUUCCUCUUUGCCAUUAUCCAGUGUAUGAACGUACUUCUACUUUGUGGGGGUGAAAAAAAUGUAAAAUGAGUUUUUUGAAGUGACUUCUAUUUUGGGCGCUGAUCGUGUGACCCACUCCUAAGGAAAGGGAUGGUGAGGGAUCAGUAUGUCUGAGCUUCCAGCCGCUCUGAGGAGUUUCCUCAUGGGGGUUUCCUACACUAAGCAAGUCUGCUACUUAGCCUUGAAAGGGAUCCCUAGUAGUGUAACUAUGGCUGAGAUGGGCAUGUUCUGCAGAAACAGCUGGGCGAGAAGCUGGUCUUGUUUGGAUUGUAUAGAUACCAAAGGGAGACUGCAGUCAUUUUCAGUUGUAUUAAUAAAUAAAGUGUACAUUUCAGACUGCAUAGUCAGCAUGUUGCGUUAUCCUGCACUAUUUAGAGCAGUACUAGAGGAGCUACUGAGUGGAAUCAUAUCAUGAUCAUGGAUUGCAUUCAGGGCACCAGUUAUAGCAGCUAUCAGAAUGCAGUGGGUCUCCUUUUAAUCAUUUCAGUUCACACACACAUAUACAUAUACGUAUAUAUUACACACAUACACACACACACACA